ACACACAAGAAUAACAUUUGUCAUUAAUCCUGGCACAACACUCUAAGUUCAUGGAAAGUUGCCAUUACCUACAGUAACUUGUCAUGUAUCCUACAAAGCCACUUUACUGCGCUGCUUGUGGGGUAACGGUUGCGUAGCUGACCAGAGGGGCUAGUUUCUAGCUAGUCAGCCCUUGCUAAUGCCAGCCCAGCUCUCAUGUGUAAAUAAACCGCAGGACAAGUAGCGGAAAUCUUAUUUUGGCUGUUGUGUAUAACUGUCUACACGGCGCCGCGGGUUCAUUAUUUCAACGCAUUAUUACCUGUCGAUGUUAUGGUGAACAGUUUUGAGGUAGUCAGUGUCCCGCUGUGGUUAACGUCAUUUUAAAUGUUAUUAUUCAUUCGGUUAUCAGAUAUCGUAGUGUUCAACUCAGAUGUAACAGUAUUGCACAUGUAUGAUGCACGUGGACCCGCUUCUAAAUCCAGACCUUCAGCUAACGGUUAACAUGUGCAGUUCAGAGAUGCCAAGGUGGAGGAACAUGUGAAGAUGUACCAAAAGGUGGCGAAAACAUGGUGCAUUCGACUGGUCCCACUCGUGUUGCUACUCGUCUCCUACUACUGUUUCACCUUCUACAUCCAGAGCAAUGGAGGAGCCAUGAAACCUCCAGUUCCCACCAAGUCCUUAUGUGAGGAGUGGAUGGUGCAGGCGAAGAGAUGGGAUGACUUAAACUUCACCAUCGCCCGGAAGACCGACCUAUUUUUACAACUGGAGGAUUUCUUCUGGCGUCAGCAUCUGUCCACGUUCGCAUUGCCUUAUGGAAUUAAAGGCAGCGAAUCACUUUUAUUAAAAAUUUUGGCAGUAACUGCCAACUGCAAAAUGCCUGCCAGCAUUGACAAUCUGAGCUGUAGGACCUGUGUUGUCAUUGGAAAUGGAUACACAAUCAAAAAUACCUCCCUUGGAGCUGCCAUCAACAAAUAUGAUGUCGUUAUAAGACUGAACGACGCCCCUGUGCAAGGCUACGAGCAGGACGUGGGCAACAAGACGACGCUGCGUCUCUUCUACCCGGAGUCGGCCUUCUACAACCCCGGCCUGCACAACAACCCAGACACGCUGCAGGUGCUGGUGCCCUUUAAGCAGCAGGACCUGCGCUGGCUGAAGGAGAUCCUGUACGAUGAGAAGAGGGUGAGGAAAGGCUUCUGGAAGCCUCCUCCACAGAUCUGGUUGGGUAAGACCAGUCAGAUCCGUGUGCUGGACCCCCACUUUCUGCACCACACCGCCAGCAAACUGCUCCAGAUCCCUCUGCAUCCAAAGGGCAGAGAGAAACCCGUCCACCCAACCACUGGGAUCCUGGCUGUGUUCAUAGCCCUGAACUACUGCGACGUGGUGCACAUAGCUGGCUUUGGAUAUCCUGAGGCCAGGAACCAGAAACAGCCAAUUCACUAUUUUGGGGCCAACACUAUGAAAUCCAUGAAGGAUUCAUACCAUGACCUCGACCAUGAGGCACAAACCUUGAGGAGACUGGAGGAAGCAGGGGCCAUACGAUAUCUUCAUCCUCAUUCCUGACACAUAUUUACACACACACACACACACACACACACACACACACACACACACACACACACACACACACACACACACACACACACAAUGUAUGUAUGAAUGUGAGAAUACAAACACACAAACACACUCUACUCAACUACUCACAUGCACACUUUUCCCAUAAACACAAAAAUACAUCCACACACUCACACAACUAACGAAUGCUGAAACCCUUCAUUCCUCUCUUUCUGUUUCUUGUCUUCUUCCCUCUGAUCUCUCUUUCGCUCUCUUUCUCCCUCUAUCAUUCCCUCUACAUCUACAGAUGUGAAAUAUUUUUUACUAGUGCACACAUGGACUCAUGAAUGUCUCCAUCCACUAAUGAAAACAACCGUGAAUGUACAUGUACAUACUAUAAACGUAAACACACAAACACACUCACUCAAACAAGCUACAUCUGUGAAUACAUGCUCUGUGUGUCUCUGUAUUUGUACUUCUAUACAAAUUUGCAAGUGCAAAAAAAAAAAUUCAGCGGUAUGCUGGACAUCUCUUUCUGUCUCAUUCUUAAAGACAGACUUUUAGAUGGACUUUUAAUGAUAAUAAUUUGUAAUUUAAUGUUUUUUUAUUUUUUAGAUUUGAUUUCCUCUCAACUUUUACCACUGGAUAUUUUAUUCUAUGAAUUGUUUAAAUUUAUAUUAAAAUUGAAUCAAAGUUUGAAA